GAUUAUUUCGAGUUCUCUCGGUAUCGUUACAGUCCAGUUACCACAUCCUCUCUCGAAAUAUCAAACGAGUACAGGCAGAACACAAUGACUUAUAUCAAUAAGAAAUCAAAAAAAGCAAAAACAAACUACGCUGCGGCUCAUAGAGGUCACAUGCGUGCUUUGGAGCACGAACAAGGUGCCUCUGCCAAGAAAAUCGUCCGCGCCAACAUCAGGGCUGAUGAGAUUUUCGCUGCUGAACAACGUGCAAAAGCUCUCGCUUCCGUCGAUCAUGCCCCAUCAAAGAGGUCAAAGAAGGAGAAGGAGAGACGUGCGGCAGCUCUUGCUGCUACCAAGAAGAGACGUCAUGAUCGCCGAGCCGCCGAAGCAUUAGCCAAAAUAGAAGCAGAAGUUGCGAGUCUUGCUCAUCAACUUUGGGAGCUCCGCUUGGCGAGGCAGGAGUUUGUAGGUGGCGAUGAUAGCAACGAGGAUGAUAAUGAUGACGAAGAAGAUGAAGAGGAAUUGAAGAACAAGCUUUCGGAUUGGUUUGGGCUCCGUCGCAAAGAUGACGAUGCGGAUGAAUCUAGUGGUGGAAAUGCCAGUGGUGAAAGCAAGGCAGGAAUGAAUGGAUGUGAUCAAGUCUGGAGCGAUGCUUUGAUGUGGUGAUUAGAUUUGUGUAAUCUGCGUUCUAGGAUAGAUAAACAAUUUCGCUGGGCUCUACAGGUCUGUGAGAGGGUUUGUGAGCGGAGUCUCAGGCUCCCUUGGUAUUUCAAACGCAGAAACAUAACGCUUCUUUUUUGUUUUGAUAGGGUGGCUAGUUUCUGAUACUCGACCAAUCUUACACAGGGUUGAAUCAAUGUUUUAGUUUCGA